AUGACCCUAUCCUUAUAAUCACUAUCAUUCCGGUCAUUUGUUCUGUCUCGGUCUGCCUGAUACUCCACCCACGAAAAAUAUUUAGCUAUCAUAUACGGGGGAGGGAAGAAGAAGAAGACGACGAUAGGCUUUACGAUGGAGUACAAGCCGCGGUUCUUCUUCUUCUCCCUCCUCUUCCUGGCUUCCGCCGCCUUCACCAGUGCUCACAUCGCCGACUACGACGAGUACUGGCAGAAGAAGGCUGCGCUAGCGCGUUCCCACGCCAACAAUGCCUACAACCCCAACCCUGAGUCUGUGACCCAUCAUUUCAAUGAGGCGGUCAUGAGGGACCUGGCGAGUAACAGCACCAGGAGGGGCCUUCGCGGCAAGAUGAGGAACGAGGACGGUGCAUGCCAGGCGACGAACCCCAUCGAUCGGUGCUUCAGGUGCCAAUCGAACUGGGUUCACCACCGCAAGAAGCUGGCCACCUGCGCCAAGGGCUUCGGCCGCCACGCCACCGGAGGGAAGAACGGGGACUUCUAUGUCGUCACCGACUCGUCCGAUGCCGACCUCGUCAACCCUCGGAAUGGCACACUCCGCCAUGCUGUCAUCCAAGACAGGCCUCUCUGGAUCGUCUUCGCCCAUGACAUGCUCAUCCGCCUCACCGAGGAGCUCAUCAUCAACAGCAACAAGACCAUCGAUGGCCGGGGGGCGAACGUCCAGAUCGCGUACGGCGCCGGCCUCACCAUCCAGUUCGUACACAAUGUCAUCGUCCACAACAUCCGCAUCCACGACAUCAAGGCCGGCAACGGCGGCAUGAUCCGGGAUUCCGAGGAGCACUACGGCCUGCGGACCCGGAGCGACGGCGACGGCAUAUCCAUCUUCGGCGCUAGCAACAUCUGGAUCGACCACGUCUCCAUGUCCAACUGCAUGGACGGGCUCAUCGAUGCCAUCGAAGGCUCCACCGCCAUCACCAUCUCCAAUAGCCACUUCACCCAACACAACGACGUGAUGUUGUUCGGUGCUAGCGAUGCAUUCUCGGGAGAUGCAAUAAUGCAGAUCACGGUUGCUUUCAACCACUUCGGGAAAGGGCUUGUUCAGAGAAUGCCAAGAUGCCGAUGGGGUUUCGUCCAUGUGGUGAACAAUGACUACACCCACUGGAUGAUGUAUGCCGUCGGCGGUAGCCAACACCCUACCAUCCUCAGCCAAGGGAACCGAUUCAUUGCACCACCCACCCUAUUCGCCAAGGAGGUGACCAAGAGGGAGUACUCACCAGAGCCAGUAUGGAAGCAGUGGUCAUGGAGAUCUGAGGGUGACCUGAUGGCGAACGGAGCAUUCUUCGUGGAGUCAGGAGCUCCAAUUACCAAGCCCUACGCGGAUCUCAUCAAGGCCAAGCCGGGAAGUUUCGUGACCAGGCUCACACGCUUCGCCGGCUCUCGCCCCUGUAUUCCCAACCAGCCAUGUUAAGCACCUGCAGGUGGGAGCUCCAUUGGAAUAGCGUGAGUGAGCAACAAAGAUCAUGUAUGUGCUGGAGGAGUCGAGAGGGAGAAGAGAAGAGAGCCACAUGUAGACAGUGGUGGAGUUGCCAGGUGAUUUCGCCAUUGAUCAUGUGUUUCGAUCAUUUGCGAUUACGAAGACCAGUUUUGGUUACUCGUUAUUGUCGACAUAUUUAUUUCUAUAUUUAUGCAAUAACACAUGUUCAU